AUGUCUUCUGAAGAACCCGUACUUUCUGAUGAGCAAAUCCUCGAGUUUGAACAACAAAUUAAAGACGAAGAAGCCCAAAGGGUUCCUCUUGUAUGUCAGGACGAGCCUAUCAGUAAGCUUGAAGAAGAGUUUAAAGAUAAUCAGCAAUUUUUAAACAAGAUUAAAAAUCUGGCACAGGAACAUGAUCGUAUUAGGAGAUGUCGUGGUGAUGGCAACUGUUUCUUUAGAGCUAUUGCGUUCAGCUGGUAUGAAAAGGCUAUGAACGACAUCAGUAACUAUGACACCAAUCUUGCCAGACUCAAAGAAUCAUGCAGCUUAUUAGAAUAUGCCCAAUUUCAAAAACUUGCUUAUGAGGACUUUUAUGAAGUAGCAUGUGAACAGUUUGAAAGAUUGGGUGAAUACAGAAAUGAUCCUGAUAUGUUACUCGUAAACUUUCAAUCAUAUGAGAUCAGCAAUACGAUUAUCACGUACUUUAGGUUUGUCACGUCUGCUUAUCUUCGUAUUCAUUCAGCUGAAUAUGAACCAUUCAUUGUUGAUGAAAUGAUCUCUAUCGACGAGUUUUGUUCAAGAAAUGUAGAAGCAUUUGGUAGUGAGUCUGACCACUUGCAGAUUAUUGCUAUCAGUAAGGCAAUGGACAUUCCAAUUCACAUUGUCUAUUUGGAUGGUGGAAUGGAGGACAAGGCAACUGUACAUGAGUUCUGGCCAACGGAAAAGGAUGAAUUGGAAAGAACAAAGAUUCCCAUCAAGUUACUGUACAGGCCAGGACACUACGAUAUUCUCUAUCAAAAGUAA